UACGGCGACUACGACGAGAGUGCGUACAAGCCUGGUAUGCUGGCCAGCGAGGAUCUAUUACCACAGCGGGUCAUCGACCAGUACCAGAUGACGCCGGAAAUGUGGGAGGACCGUAUUAAAAUAUGGUAUGCUGACCACAAAGGGAUGUCGCGGGAUGAGGCCGAAAUGGAGUAUCUCAAGAUAGCACAAGAUCUAGACAUGUAUGGAGUCAACUACUUCGCUAUUAAAAACAAGAAAGAAACAGAAUUAUACCUAGGAGUAACAGCGUUAGGUCUAAAUAUAUAUGAGAAAGAUAACAAAUUGACUCCGAAGACAACAUUCCCGUGGUCUGAGAUCAAGCACAUAUCGUUCGACGACAAGAAGUUCGUCAUCAAGUUCGUUGAGAAAACUACGAAUAACUUUAUAUUCUUCUCGCCUAAAGGAAUGAAUAAAUUGAUACUAGACUUGUGUAUCGGUAACCACGACUUGUACAUGAGGAGACGGAAGCCUGACACCAUGGAGGUGCAGCAAAUGAAGGCACAAGCCAAGGAAGAGAAACAGCGUCGUCAGAUAGAGCGCAAUAAGCUAGCGCGAGAGAAACAACUGCGUGAAGCGGCGGAGCGUGAGAGACAGGCCAUGGAACAACGGCUCAGGCAGUACCAGGAGGAAAUACGACUCGCUAAUGAUGCACUG